GGUGGGUGGUGUUGAGAGUCGCUGCGCCAGGGUGGUGGGCACCGCGGUCCCAGCCGAGACCCCACCCCCUCGGAAGGUGCUGAGGCCACCCGGAGUAAAACUAUGUAGCCUCGGGAGAGACUCUCUGACCCCUGGGAAGUCCAUAUGGCUCUGUAUGAUGAAGACAUCCUGAAAAAUCCUUUUUAUGUGGCUCUUCAGAAGGCACGGCCAGACUUGUGCAGCAGGGUGGCGCAGCUCCACGGUGUGGUCUUAGUGCCCUGCAAAGGGAGCCUGUCUAGCAACCUUCAGCCCACGUAUCAGUUCGAGUCCUACCUUUUGAUACCAGCGGAAGGACAUUUUCAGACCUUCGAUGGAAAGGAUGUCUUUAUACAAGGAAACAGGAUUAAACUAGGAGCUGGGUUUUCUUGUCUCCUCCCGGUGCCCAUCCUCUUUGAAGAGACUUUCUACAAUGAAAAAGAAGAAAGUUUCAGCAUCCUGUGUAUAGCCCAUCCUUUGGAGAAGAGGGGAGGCCCAGAAGAGCCUUCAGUGCCUUCGGAUCCGUUUUUCCUGAAAACCAUUGAAGAUGUGAGAGAAUUUUUGGGAAGACACUCUGAGAGGUUUGACAAGAACAUUGCCUGCUUCCACCGGACAUCCCGGGAAUGUGACAGAAAGAGCCUUCGUCACCUCAUAGACUCAGUGAAUGCACUCUACACCAAAUGCCUCCAGCAGCUUCUGAGAGACUCUCAUUUGAAGGUUCUUGCGAAGCAAGAAGCUCAAAUGAAUCUGAUGAAGCAGGCAGUAGAGCACAGCUUCAACAUCCCUCGUGCGAAGAGAGAGCUGGCCCAGCUGAACAAAUGCACCUCCCCACAGCAGAAGCUGCUCUGCCUGAGGAAGGUGAUACAGCUCAUCACCCAGUCUCCCAGCCACAGAGUUAACUUGGAGACCAUGUGUGCCGAUGAUCUUCUAUCAGUCCUGUUGUAUUUGCUUGUGAAGACAGAAAUCCCUAAUUGGAUGGCAAAUUUGAGUUAUAUGAAAAGCUUCCGAUUCUGCAGCUCAGCAAAAGAUGAAUUGGGAUACUGCCUGACCUCCAUCGAGGCUGCAAUCCAGUAUAUCCGCCAAGGGAGCCUGUCUGCAAAGCCCCCUGAGUCUGAAGGAUUGGGAGACAGACUGUUCCUUAAGCAGAAAAUGAACUUCCUGUCACAGAUGGCUUCCACUCCUACUGACUGCCUGUUUAAGCACAUUGCAUCCGGUAACCAGAAGGAAGUGGAAAAGCUUCUGAGCCAACAGGACUGUGACAGGGAUGUCAUACAGAAAAUGUGCCACCCGCUGUGUUUCUGUGAUGACUGCGAGAAACUUGUGUCUGGCAGGAUGAAUGAUCCCUCAGUUGUCACUCCAUUCUCCAGAGAUGACAGUGGCUACACGCCUCUCCACAUGGCUGCUCUGUGCGGACAGGCGUCACUCGUUGACCUGCUGGUGUCCAAGGGUGCGGCAGUGAAUGCCACAGACUACCAUGGUGCUACCCCGCUGCACCUGGCAUGUCAGAAGGGCUAUCAAAGCGUGACGCUCCUGUUGCUUCACUACAAGGCCAGUACCGACAUCCAGGACAACAACGGCCACACCCCACUCCACCUGGCCUGCACCCACGGCCAUGAGGACUGUGUGAAGGCGCUGGUAUACUACGACGCGCAGUUGUGCCGGCUGGACAUCAGCAAUGAGAAAGGAGACACACCUCUCCACAUAGCUGCGCGCUGGGGUUACCAAGGCAUCAUCGAGACGCUCCUGCAGAACGGGGCUCCCACGGAUGUCCAGAACAGAAUGAAAGAAACACCACUGCAGUGUGCAUUAAACGCAAAGAUUCUGUCUGUAAUGCAAGCCCACCAGCUGCCCUCAGACAGGAGGCCCACACUUGGUGAGGUCCCUUCCCAGUCCCCUCAGCGCUCCAUGGACUCCAUCAGCCAGGACUCAUCCACCUCCAGCUUCUCCUCAGCAUUGGUGAGCUCUCGGCAAGAAGAGGCCAAGAAGGACUUCAGAGAGGUAGAAAAACUAUUAAGAGCUGUUGCAGAUGGAGAUCUAGAAAUGGUGCGCUACCUUCUGGAGUGGACAGAGGAGGACCUGGAUGAAGCCGAUGAUGCUGUUGGUGUGGCAGGUGUGGAAUUCUGCCACCCCUUGUGCCAGUGCCCAAAGUGUGCUCCAGCUCAGAAGAAGCUGGCCAAGGUUCCUGCCAGUGGGCUGGGGGUGAACGUGACCAAUCAAGACGGUGCCUCCCCCCUGCAUGUGGCUGCCCUUCAUGGCCGGGCCGACCUCGUUCUCCUCCUGUUGAAGCAUGGCGCCAGCCCAAGUGCCAGAGACAAGGCGCAAGCCACACCCCUCCACCUGGCCUGCCGGAAGGGCCACUUUGAGGUGGUGAAAUGUCUGCUGGACUCAAAUGUGAAACCUGAUAAAAAGGACCUGAGUGGGAACACACCCCUGAUUUGUGCCUGUGCUGAGGGCCACCAUGAAGUUGCAGCCCUACUGCUACAGCAUGGGGCCUCUAUGAAUGCUUCCAACAGUAAGGGCAACACGGCCCUGCACGAGGCAGUGAUAGGAAACCAUGUGUUCGUGGUGGAGCUGCUUCUGCUCCACGGAGCAUCGGUUCACAUCAUGAACAAGAGGCAGCGCACAGCCAUAGACUGCGCUGACCAGAAGUCAAAAAUCAUGGAGUUACUUCAGGUAGUACCAAGUUGCGUGACCUCCUUAGACGACGUUUCAGAAUCAGACGCCGGGGAAUACGUGACUGUCAAGAUCCGGAAAAAGUGGAGCUCAACACUGUAUGAUCUCCCUGAUGAGCCUUUUACAAGACAGUUUUACUGCGGGCCCUCGGUUGGUGGAUCUGAGAAAAAAACUUCAAAGGAGAUUAUGGCAAGAGGUAGAAGUGUCCCUAAUUUUACUGAGCCAGAGAGGCAAGGAGUCACAGGGAAGCAGAGCCACCCACCAGAGCCACCCAGAGGUGCAGCUGCAGACAGAGGAGACGAGGGGCCUGCGCAGAGUGCUGGGCUGAGGCCAGCUGUUCCGGCGCCUGAGGGUGUUAUCCACAGAGGCACAGUGAACGACACACCAGACCUGCAGACCCCUGAGACCCUUGGCCAGCCGGCCACGUCCCCAGAGCCCAGCCUCUCCCCGUCUAAGCCAUCAGAAGGGACUGACAGGUCUGCUGCCAAGGUGUGAGAUGAGAUGCUGUGGGAGAAUGUGGCUUGGAAAUUACAAUGCUUAUAAAGAGACUUGACAGACUUUAUGCCCACCAUGGGAGAAAAUCAAGAGUUUUUCUGUGGCUGCGGGCAAGAGGGUGAGCAAGAAAAACAGCCACCAUUGAGGGAAGCUAAUGUAUGACAACUCUGAAUCCAGAUCCUUCAUCCCAGAUGUUUCUAAGUAAAACCAUUUCCUGGUUAGGGGAUAGGUUUUGGCGUCAGACCCUGCCGGCCUUGGUCCCAAAGGCACCCAGCCACCAGGAACAGCAGAAAUGGGCAAACCCUGAGCGGAGCUGAAAGAAGCCAUUUACAUUGCCAGAGGCUGGGGAAGCCAGGGGAAAAUGGUUCCUCAAAAGAAGAAUGGAACCUUUGGAAGUCACUGGAGUCCCUGGUGGCCAGGGUGGCGGGGAGUCCUGGCCUGCUCCACCUGGCCUGCCCCAUGCAUCAGGAGACGCCGUCCCACGGCAGAUGCACUGUUACGCCGCACGCAACCCGGCCCGCCAGCCGCAGAUGGUCACUAGCACGUACAUUUGGCACGUGUUUCCUUCGUCUUGAUUCACAUUCACACGUAUAGCACAAAGCAGGUCAAAGUUACUUUUUGAGUUCAGGUGUCUUGUCCCUUCCUCCUUUUUAUGGAUUUCUAUAGAUGACACUAUUUUUCUGUUGCUCCUGGCCCAGCGCUGCGCCCGUGGGGCUUGUCCGAGUCCCUUCCCUGUAGCUGUGGGAUGAGGAUGGCUCUGCACGUCCUUGGAAACACUUGUGUCUGUACAGAGGGAAAAGGCUGCAGUAUUUUUCUACAAAGUAAUUUAUGAUUUCUAAUUUUCUAACGUGCCUUGGAUGUGUGCCAAAUGAUGGAGAAGAAACAGUAAACGCUGAUUGCUGAGUGA